CCGUUAUUCGUCUUCAAAUAUAUAUUUGUAAUUUAAUAUAUUUUUACUUUCUACCCGGAAAGAUACUAUUUUGGACCGGGGCGAAAGCAACAUGGACAUACCCCGGACUACGCAACCGACUGCUGGAUAACAGGUUACAUGAGCUUCGACGGAAGUGAAGAUGUCUUGUUGAUGGAGCGGAAGAACAAGCCAGAGCGAGUUGUACUCGCGGGAAAAAUGGCGGAAAUGUGUGGUCUCUUCACGUUAUCAGCAUCGGCGAUUCAUAAUAUUGCCUCAUAAUCCUGAUUUUGUCUGCAUGCGUGAGUACAUACUUUGUGUGCAUUGGGUAUUUCAGUGUGUCACAGCUGUGUAAUUAUGUGUAAGUCUCUGGGUUAAGAGAGGAAUGCAAGAUGCAAAAAGAUUCCAUGCACUUUUCCACCUCUGGCCACACGACGCACAAUCAAGCUGUCACUCAAGAAUCCCUGAUCACGUAUUUCCAUUGUACUCACUGUACACUCAUCUUCAAAUCCAAGGUCUAUCUUUUUGAACACCUCAACAAGGUGCAUGGCUUUGACGCAGAUGCUACUCUCAGAGACGGUGGUCUGAAAUUGCCUAGGACUAACAAAACCAACACUGACAACAAUAGCAGCAGCGCAGGAAAUCAUUUUGAAUGCCAGCAUUGUGAUUUUAAAGCCUGUCGGGACGUUUUAAUCGAACAUGAGAAACAGUGUCCAAACAAAUCAGAGAAUCAGAACGUAAUAGGGAAUCUAAUCACUUCUGAAAACCCGGAGACCAAAAUAACUGCCAUUUCGACAAACCAGCACGAGGAAGCUGCGGGAGCAGAAGAGACUUCCUCCGUUUUUUCAGUUAUGUCUACCUCAAAAGCUGAAUGCACAGUGAACUCGUCAGAUGAUCUGAAAACUUACAAGAGGCCAUUGCAGACCAUCACAAAGUACUUUGCGGCAUCAUCUGGAUCAAACGGGAAACCCCCAGUGAAGUUAGCUGAUAGCUCAGUGCUUCUGGAUGGCACCAAAGGAGCCCUGAUUUUGCAAGAAUCUCCUUCAAGCUCCAGCCCAAACAGUAGUGGUGUGUUUAAAGUCACUGCAAAGCCCACGACUGACAUCGCCAAAGGUGGUUCUGACCGGUUUUUGCUAAAUGACCGCCUUUUAAACACUGACCUGAAAUCACCAAAGCCUAAGAAACGAGUCAAAGAAACAGUUCCUAACAACGUUGGCAAGAGGACCAAUAAUGAAAGCUCAAAAAGUCAUCCUGCUAAAAAAGCUAAGUCAGACAAAGAAGAGACAAAGCUCCCAGAGAAAGCAAACGCAAGUAGCACGCAAUCAUCAAACAACACAGAGUUUUCAUUUGAAGAUGAAGAAGAAAUGAAGGAUAAACUUGAUGGAGACACAGACAGCCCAAAGGUUUAUUUUUGUAAGUACUGUGACUACAGUGAUGUGGGCAUCAGACGUGUGUCUACCCAUUAUCAGAACGACCACCCUUACAUAAGAUAUAAUGCUGUCUACAUUCAGGACCCGAAUGAUCGGAGUGCUACCUUUCGUUGCCUGGAGUGUCCAGUUGAGUUUCUAAGUGUAGCUGAUCUCAAGAGACACUACACGGAAAAUCAUCCAGAGGCCCCAAAUGUAUUCACGAUGCAAUCACGUGAACUCAGUUUGGUUUUCAAAUGUUUUGUGUGUCCAUUUACCACCAAUGCGUUGAAGGUCUUAAAAGACCAUUGCAAGGAAAAGCACCCAACACAUAAAGUGGAUAAUUCCUUGAUGUACUGCAGAUAUUCAGUGACUAGAUGCCAAGAGGGAUCAUCUCUUUUGAAUACAUGUGAAAAAGCACCCGGUCCUGAAAGACCAGGAGGGAUUUCUCCCGAGAGCGCCCGCACACAAAGCGAGGAAAUCAAAAAUACACCCUCACCUCAACAUCCCUCCUCCAGAGGAGGAGACGUGGCCUUGUAUCAUUGCAACAACUGCAAGUUUAGUCAUAAGUCAGUUGUUGUUAUGCAUGUCCACUACCAAAAAAGCCACCCAGAUGAAGCGGUCACAAUAGACAAACUCAAACAGUCAGCUCGUGUCACGUCACAGACGACAUCACAGAUGACGCCUGAUAAGUCUCCAAACUCUGUGACAACAACAGAAAAAUCUAUACCUCAAAAGAACAUCUCAGAUUCUUCUAAGAAAACAAGAAACAAGGCUGAGCUGUCGCAGCAAAAGAAGAUUUCAUUGUUUUUGAUAAAUCCUAAGCACACACCAGAAGCUUCUAAGACUCAUUCAGUCUCUCCCAAAACUGAAAAAAUGGAAUCUGCGGAGGACAGAAUCAAAGGAAGGAAGUCACCUACCAAACAUGAUGGGGAAAUGUCGACUGGAAUGGACAGUUUAUCCUGCAGUUCACCAAAUAAAUUGUUUUACUGCCAGUUUUGCAGUUAUUCAAGUACCAACAUCAAAAGCGUUGUUAGUCACCAUAACAUAAAACAUGGUGUGCAUGCAGGUAUUGAAGAGACCUUUAUGUAUAGCACUAAAGUGCAGAAGAAGAAACUUCAGAGUGAAGCUGAGGCCUCAACAAGUACUACACCUUCUGAUUCUAAAACUAGUAAACGAGUCGAGCUAUGUAGUGAAGAGGAUGAAGCAGCAGAUGCAUUGAUGAAGAAAUGUAAUGCGUAUGCGUGUGCAGAAAACUUGUUUUACUGCCAAAAGUGCAACUAUGGAAAUCUAACUGUGAAAGGAGUAUUGAACCAUCAAGCCAGAGUUCACCAAAACAUUAAUUCCAACAGAGAAUGUAUUGUUGAAUAUACAGCUUUGAUUCGGGAUGAAAUUGAAAGAUCAAAAUCUCAAGCAAAGGAGUUAAACUUUUCUACUCAUCUACCUCUUCCCAUUAUGAAUGAGGGCGAUGAAGAUUUGUUUUUCUGCCACUUUUGCAACUAUAGACACCGUACCCUGGACCAGGUAUUGCGUCAUUACUUCAAAAGACAUCGUGGAUUUGUGGUUAAGGCCGAACAAAUCCGUCUGCAUACUUCUAUGGUUCUCAAACAGACACAGAAAUCGCACCUAAAAACAACUGCAAACCAAGAAGUUAAUCGUGCAUCCCUUGGGGAAAAAGGACAUAAAAAUAAGCUUGUUAAGGUUGCAGCAUCACCCUCAACUAGAGCCUCGGAAUCACAGAGGAACCUUCAGUGCUACAGAUGCCCAUACAGCACUCAAUAUGUGUAUCUUCUGAAGAGGCAUAUAUGGAAAAUCCACAGAGCAAAGCGCUCAGUCACAGAUGUUUUAAGAGUGUGUUUUAAACAAGGAACUUUGCAGGAAGGGUAUCACUGUGAAUUUUGUGUUUUCUCACACAAAAAAGCAGCAGUAGUCUAUAAGCACUACCAGGAACACCACCCAGGACGCAGACCAAGCCUUGAGUACGUAAUUUCUCGGUUAUAUGUCGGUCCCAAAACAUCCGCUCCUAAAAGGAAGAAAGCUCUAAUAAAGCACGCUGAUGGUAUUAGUGACGGUGAUGGCGCUGAUGGCAGCUUGCCAUCUCAAAGAUCUGGACAAAAUAAAACCAAGACGUAUUCGUGCAGAGCGUGUUCAUUUAAAGGUAGCUCAAUGUCAAGUGUCAUACGCCACUACCAUGCUGUUCAUCCUUGGUCUGUGAAAGAAGACGGCUCAGUCCUGGAUGUCAUCAGCAGCAAGAAGCCAAGCGCAAACAGGCAGGUGGAAGACCAAAAUGAAAUGUCUGUGUCAUUCGACACCUACCAAGUGCCUCUUGAGUUUGACAAGUCACCCGGUUCAUCUCGUGAAGCGGCAGUAUCUUCCACGAUGCUCGAGUGCUCUUACUGCCCUGCAAGGUUUCAUACCCAGCGCGGUCUCAACACUCACUGUGGAAUGAAACACCAAGAAGCCGCGACUGUGAAUUUAGAUGAACCGCAGGAACUGCAAGGGCAAAUCCAAACACGUGUGCAUGUCUUUAAGUGUCCAUAUUGUACCUACGUAAAUACCAGUUAUCAAGGAGUUCUUACUCACUGCCAGAUGAGGCAUCCUGCCCUCGCACCCAGGGCAGACAGUCUUCACGUGGAUGAAGCACAUUUACACAACUGGGAGGGCUGUUUGAAAAGUAAAGGUCCUGGUUUGAGACUGAGUGGGUACAUGUGUAAAACCUGCCCACAAAUCUGCGCAACGCUGGAGAAGCUGAACAAGCACUGCGAGAAGGACCAUAAUGAGACUGUGGCACACACAGUACCAGACACGCUGAAACAGGCUCCUAAACCAUCCGCUGUGAGUAAAAUAAAGCAAUCUAAGACCCACAGCAAUCGGGGAUCAGUACUGAAAGCUUCCUUUUUAAGUAAGAAAAUAUAUACAGUGAUUAGGUGCCAGCAAUGCUCUUAUAGUUGCAGCACAAAAAUUGCGCUCGAUCGACACUUGCGCGUUUGCCACAAGAAAGGAUCUGUUUUAAAAGUUCAGGAUUGUGUAUACAAGUGCGUCCUGUGUUCCAGUUCCUAUUUCAGGAAAAAACGUCUUGGAAGCCAUUAUGCAAAUAAACAUGGAAAGGAAGCUUUCUUAGAAUACUUUGCACCAGUACACAAGCCGGCGCACGAGAAGCCAGCGCGAAAAUCUCUUUACCGCUCUUUAACUCAGCAACCAGAAAACACUUCUGAGGCGUGUAAAUCCGGCACGAUGACGGAGGAAAACAAAAUAUUAGUCUACAAGUGUCCAAGGUGUCCCUACGUGAAUGCUAGCUACCAUGGCACUCUCACUCACUGCCAAAUGAAGCAUCCAGUCCUCGUAGCCAGGGCAGAUGAACUUCAAACCGAAGAAAUACUUGUAACCAACAUGGUCGGUUGUACGGCGGGAAAAGGUUCCAAUGAAAGAGGGUACGUGUGUAAAAAAUGUCCACAAAUUCAUGUAUCAUUGAAGAAACUGAAAAUCCACUGUGAGAGGGACCACGACCAGACUGAGGCAACAGCUUCUGAACAUUCAGCUGAAUUUGAAACUGAAAAACAACCUGGUCAUGGCUCUCAGGGCUCAGUAUUGGAGGCUUUCUCUUUAAAAAACAAAACUUCAGCAGUGAGCACCGCAGAAAUUGGCCUCAGUCACCAGUUGGGCACUCUUGAGGCAUGUCAAUCAAACAUACCGUCAGUACAGAACGAGGAAUCGGUGUACAAGUGCCACAUUUGUACCUAUACUGGAUGGUGUCGACGAUACCUGCAUUGUCACUACAAAAAGACUCACAAAUUUGAUGCAUUUACGACAUACAAGCUGCUAGAGAAGUAUAACAAACGUAACCGCAAGGCCAGCCACCUGCCUGAAGCUGAGUCUGAGGAAAAGGCACCCGUCAAAUGUAAGAUGUGUCCAAACUUAAUGUUUGACUCAUCCCAGCUGCUUAUUGCCCACUAUAGUACUUUUCAUAACUCAGAUAGCAUAUUGGACUUUAUUGUGUUAUCAAAAGGAUCAAAGAAGACCACAGGGCUUUACAAAUGUGCCCUCUGCAAGAAACAAAUGAACGGAAUUAGAAAGCUGUGUCAUCAUCUGGAUUGCCACAGAGAGAGAGAGAGAGAGAGAAAUAAGGAAAAGGCUGCAAAGACAAAGGCAUCGCUUGUCCUUACGACAACACCAGAGGCCCAAUCCAUGGAACUCUGCAGGCAAGAUGAACUGCUCACGUUAGAAACUGUGGAGGACCUGGCCCAGUGGAACGUGACACAAGUCGAGACUUUCACUUUGCCACCAAGUCCUCUGUCGUCGCCUUCAAAACCCACUGAUCCUGAGCAACCAGAGCAGGACUCGAGAGAAGACAAACACACUUGCAAACAGUGUGGGCGGAAGUUCAUGUCGCUGAAAGGUUUGCGUUCGCAUGAGCGCAGCCACGCAGCCGUGGCGGCCAUCAAGAAACUGGACAAUCUGCCUACCUCAGCGUUAAAGCACAACAUUAACAAAUAUGUUCUCUACAAAUCUGGGACUUUGCGGCCUUUUCUAUGUAGUUUCUGUUCCUAUCGGACGACCGUCAUGGGCCUGUGGAGGAGUCAUUUUAUGAAAAAACAUAAAGAUGUCAUGGAUCCUGCGGAGACUAACAUCCAAGAGGAGGAGAGCGCUCAGAGGGUCCACAAGGAGCCCCCUUAUUCAUCAGAGGAAUUGAACAAUUUGCCUGAACUUGAUGAAGAACUUGAAAUUACUGAAAAAUCGUUGUACUUGGAGCCCCCAAAUGUGCAGCGGCAGUUGAACCACUACAGCUUGAUGGCACAGGCUGGUGCCCCAUCUAAAGCGAGAGCGCAAGAAACCAACUUACCCGAGAACAGCCUGCUUCACUGUGAGGUCUGCAAUUUCAACACUGGACACCUGUCUAGUAUGCGACGACACUACCUAAAUCGCCAUGGAAAGAAGAUCCUCAGGUGUAAGGACUGCAACUUUUUCACAGGUUUAAGGAAAACCCUGGAAAUGCACAUGCAGUCGGGUCACUCUACCUGCCAGUCAGAACCUACUCAUCAGAAAGACCUCCGCUGCCCUUUCUGCCUUUACCAAACCAAGAACAAGAAUAACAUGAUCGAUCACAUCGUCUUGCAUCGUGAGGAACGUGUUGUGCCAAUAGAGGUGUGUCGCCCGAAGCUGUCACGUUACCUUCGUGGCAUUGUCUUCCGCUGCCACAAAUGCACUUUUACAAGUGGCAGUGCUGAAAACCUGCGUUUGCACAUGACGAGGCACGAUGACAUCAAACCCUUCAAGUGUCGGCUGUGCUACUUCGACUGCACUCAGCUGAGCGACUUGGAGGCACACCUCAGUGAUAAGCAUCAGGUUUUGAGGAAUCACGAGCUUGUGGGUCAGGUCAGCCUUGACCAGCUAGAGGCAAGGGUUGGUAGGAUGCCAGAAGAGGAACCUUUGUCCAACUUGGAGCACCACAACAACGACAGUGAGAAUGUAAAGACAGGGGAGUUUAUUACGGACUGGAAUGAAAUUCCACAGGAGACACCUGCUAGGACCCUGGCAGAAAAUAACAUCAAGGACAAAAUUACACUACAGAUCAAGGAAGCAUAUCAAAAGCAAGUGCCGGGCGGCAAAAACGGAAAUAAUGAAAGCCCUGCUGAGAGCUCUGUAUUAAACCUUCAGUAUGACAAUGCAAAACCAAACACCACUGUCCAAAAAAAGCAUGAGCAAGACCCACAAGAUCAAGCAGGGAUUGUGUUCUUGCCAGACACUGCAAGAGGACAGGGGAUAGAAAAUAUAGUAGAACAAAAUGUUGGCGAAGGGAACGAUGCAAAUAUCCAAUUUGAGGAUUGCAAUGGUCCAGAGAAAGAAAGGCAGACCAAUGAGAACCAAGCCCAACCCAACCUCAGAGAUAGUGAGGACGGCAGCGUGACGUUCACACAAGAGAAAGAGGACGCAGCAGAGGGGAGCUCAACAGCAUAUGGCAAAUUAGCUGAAAAAGCACCGGCCCACAAGCUACACAUUAAGGCCCUUCAGCACAGACCAUCGAACAACGAGGUAAGGGCAGAAGAUGAUACAGUACGUCAUAGCCUACUGCUGGGUGAGGAUGGCAGCAUCCGCAAGAUACACAAGAAGGCAGGUCAGGAUAGAACGGUUAAGAUGGCGCAGAACAUCGAGCCUGAGGUUGUAGAUAAUGUUCUAAAUGAGAUCCUAUUGUUGGAUGAAGAGGGCAGCAGCACUGUGGCCCACAACCAAAAAAAUCAAGUUAAUACAGAGGCAAUUUCAGCCUCUGCCAAGAAAAAUCAUAUGCAGGCAAAUAACAUCAGGGCUCAAGAGAGUCUAACAGUUGAAAGGCAUUUGCUAACUCUUAAGCCCAACUGUGGACAACUUAAGAUAAGCCAUGAGGAGAUCUUAGGUGUCUCAUUUACAGUGCACAAUCUGAAAAACAGUGAGGAGGUAACGGCCCCUUAUGAGGACAUGCCAGUACUUGAGAAUGAAUAUCUCAAAGAAGAAGAACGGCACCCUCUUGGUCGUUGUAAGGAGGAAGAUCAGAGUGAUCGUCUUGAGCAAAAGCAGGACGACGAGGAGGAGAUGAUCACCGAAGACGAUGAGAACCGAUGCACAAAUCAGGAACAUGAGGAGUGUGACGGGAUAAGGGAAGCUGAGAAUCCACAUGUGCCCAAAGGUGCACUCACAGUCACGGAUGGAGCUGCUGAAGUCCUGUGCCCAGCAUCUACAGAGGAGAAACUGUUUACAUGUGAGUUUUGUGGACGAAACCUCAUGAACAGCUCUGAACUCGAGCGCCACGUCGUGCGACAUGGAAUAUAACGUUUUUCUUUAUGUUGUGGAUGGUAGCGAGGGCUUCCUGUUGUCAUCCUGUUGAUUUUAUUUUCAAGAAAUUUGUGGGAAGCCAGAUUUUGUUUUCAUGAACAGUCCUCCACUUUCUUACUGUACUGCGUAUUUCUGAAGAACCUGGUUCCAAAUUAAUUUUUCAUAUUUUGUAGAUUUUAAACCUUUUCUAAUGAAAUAUUUUUAUGGUAUAGCUAUUAUGCAUAGGAUUUGAUUUGUGCGAUUCAAGAAAUAAAACUUCAGAACUAAUAUGUUGACUGUAAAAUGUGACACGUUGUCAUUAAGAUUUUAUUUACAUUUGUUUUGUUUAAAGACACUAAUGGAUAACCACGAAUAACUAUCUUGUGAUGAUCCACAUUUUUUAUUCCUGCAGUUUAUGUGAAGGUUAGAUAUAAAAGGUUAUUACUGUAAAACGUGCAAAUCUCUUGACACUGAACUAUUGUUACAUAUAAACUGGUAUUGAACAUACCAAGACCUGGACCAACCUCAAUACCACUGAUUGUGGAAAUGCUUGUGCUGCCUUCAGGUGCUGUUGGGUAUUCAAACAUACAGUGAAUUGUUGUGUACCUUGCCAGUGAACAAAUAGUUUCACCGAGUUCAGUAAUAACGAUAUUUAGUUUAAUGUUCCAUGUAAAUAAUAAACUUCUUUUACUUUUUAACCUUUUUGUUGUAUGGUAUAAUUUACUUCUGUUGUAAAUAAACUGAAAGUGUUGCCACA